AUGAUGUCCCUGGACAAUUUUCAAAAGACAGUCCAGAACCCGGUAACUAUCUCCUGUUCAUCUUCUUUUCUUUUGAUGCCUGUAGAUUUUGUCAUGUCACCUUAAAGAAAGCUUGUUUUACGGUAAAAGUGAAGCGAAAAUUUAGAGAACUAGGUCAAAGACAAAGUGGAUGAAGAGAAAGAAGGGCUGGCAGAAGUCUAGUGUCCCAUGUGAUUGUGGGCUGAGAGGAGAAGCUAAUGGCCAGGGUGUGGGGGAAGUCUGAUAGCAGCUAGUUUAAUUAGAAGGAAGCCCCAUGGGUUCAAAGUUACUUCCUAGUAUUUAGGCUUGCAGCCUGAGAGAAGCAGCUAGAGGAGUGUGGACAAGUAGGUCUCGGAGCUGUGUGUGUACAUCUAUCUUUUUGGAGAAGAAAGGCACAUAGGUUAGGAUUAGAUUAAUUUGAUGGCUGCUCUUUGUCCUGGGACUGCUCUAGGUCUCAAGCCCAUGUUGUAUAUCAGGGAUGUCCAACAGGUCGAUUGUGAUCUACUGGUAGAUCCCCGGGAGGUCUUGGUAGACCACGGUCGAUCGCUGGGUCCCUUUCCUUAGUUUUGGUAAAAUAGAAUCCGGUACCGCCCUCCAUUGUUGCAUGAUCUGCAGAACGGAAGACGGAGUUUACUCAGCAAGUAAACUAUUUCUCCCUUGAGUUUAGGCUUGAAUUCACAAAAAUCUGUGCUUUCCUCCUACCUAAAAAAAGCUCAACAACUUGUAGCUGAACCCCCCAAAAGGGGGUAGAUCACUGCCAGUUUUUAAUUCUGUGAGUAGAUCGCAGUCUCUUGGGAGUUGGCAACCCCUGUUGUAUAUGGAUAAUGCACCCACCAGUUCCUAGAAGUGAUUUCUUGUUUUACACCUGUCAGUUCAAACAAAUAGGUAUGCCAGCCGCCUUAGACUGUGUCCCAGCAAAGAGUUUCUCUGAAUUGGCGAAACUAGUAGAUCUUGCUAAUUAUGACCCCCGUCCCUCCCCCCAAAUAAAAAUUGUUCAAAACUUGCUUUUGUUGAGUCCUAGUUAGUGAAAUACAGGAAAGGCUAAUAAUGUAAAUAAACUAUGUAUAAAUUUCAUUUUUAUUCUUCUCAAGUCUGAAGCAUAAUAAUUCCAUUUCCCUCUCCUUUUUAUAGAGUAUUCCAUAUGCUGGGACUAUAAUUGGGGGUCUUUUGCCUGGAGAGCUUGUGGUCAUACGUGGGUCCAUCCCAGAGGGUGCAGAAAGGUAAGAGUUCAAAUAAGAUAUUUAUAAAUAGUCCUCUGGUAGGUGAUGGUUGAAGGCAAGCACACAAAGAAAUGACAGCAGAACACGUUCCCUCACAUAUUGAAAUGGUUGCAUCAAAUCCGUAUGAAAUUGAAGCUUUUGAGAAGUGUUACAAAUUGCUGGAAGUACUUGCUGCUUCCGCAUCAUAGGUUUUCUGGUGGAAGCGAUAGUGUUGUGAAAUUACUCCCCAGAAAUAAUUUCAAAUAAUGCAUGGCUUGGGAAAGUAAUUGGCUUCUGCUCCUAAGAUCUGAACAUUAAAUGAAGGUCAUGAUAAAGUGAAUAUGCAAGAAGUCUGGCUUAUGCAAUGACUUGAAAUGUAUGCGUAUAUUAAAUAAUGUUUUAAAAUGUUCACUAGAUUUUUGGGGGGAUGGGGGGAGUAUUUCUGGUAAUUGCUAGUGACCUGUGCCAUAGCCAUGAACAUACCCACUUAAAAAAUAAUAAUAAUGGCUUUCAUUGCAUCUAUGACAUGGACAUAUAUAGACUACAAAGAGCCUUUCUGUGUUUCAUACACCAUCUUUAGUAUCAGAAGUUGAAAAGUGGAACUGAUGCUUGUGUUCUCAUCUUGCUGAGAGUAGUUUGGUAUCUUCAGUUGUGAGUCCAGUGACCGAGCUAUGGCUAAGCCCUCUGCCAAUGUGACUGUGUUGCCAUGAGCAUGAGCCAAACUAAGAGUUAGGUGCUCCUAUUAUCCAGCGCAGUCUUCUGGAUUCAUAUAGCAGACAUGGAAUAUAGAGCAAGCAUCCUAUUCUCAUAGGUAGCAAUUAUGCAGUUGACCUCUCCUGCAUUAGAUAGUUGUUGCAUGUUGCUUAUGGGAGGGUUGAACUGACCCAUGUGUUUCAAUUUACCGCUAGGUUCCAGAUAGACUUCCAGUGUGGCAAUAGCACAAAACCUCGGGCUGAUGUAGCCUUUCAUUUCAACCCCCGCUUCAAAAAAUCUGGUUGCAUCGUUUGCAAUACCCUACAGAAUGAAAGAUGGGGCUGGGAAGAGAUAACUCACACAAUGCCUUUUGGAAAAGGAAAGCCAUUUGAGAUUGUUUUUAUGGUUCUGCAUGAUAAAUUCCAGGUGAGUUAUUAGAAGCUGAUUACUUACUUCCUUAGCCAAUCUGUCAUGCCCAAAAGCACAGAAGGUGCAAUCCAGCCAAAGUCAGGCAUUGACGUCACACUGGUUUCAACAGGAUUUAAGAGCUUAACUCUCCCACUGAAAUUAGUAGAACUUAAGAAGUGCUUAAUUUUGCCUGAAUUGCUCCUUUUCAAACAACUUGAGUGUUUGUGGAUCAGUGCUCUUUAUAGCCACUGCAGGGUUUAAUUUUUGUUUUUGUUUUGCUUCUAGAUGAAGUUGUGUUGAUGUGAAUAAAACAUACUGUCAUGGUGAAUUAUAGAGUUGUAAAACAUGAUAGAAAAAGAGGAUGGUAUCACUGUUUCUUGACAAGGGGUAAGCCAUGCAGACUAGUUGUAUGGUACAGAAUAGGUCAGGAUGGCACUUUUACCUGUUGGUCUAAGAAGCAUGCAGCUAGGAAGAAGAGGUUUUCCAUUUCCUGCAAGGAUCCACUCUUUCCCGUCUUACAUGUAGAAAACUACUGGUUUAAUAGUAGCGCGUAGGUUCCAGUAAACCAGAGAGACAAGAAGUGGGAGGCAGCAAUGGUUAAUGAACCAACACUUGCUAUUAAGAUUGUAUUCAGGCAUCAAAAAACUAUAUUUGGAGCUGAAUGCAAGUAACAACAAAUAUUUCUGCUCACAAUGUGUCUCAUAUUCUCACAAUUUGCCAUUAGCUGUCUUCUUACCAGCACACCUGUCACUUUUUUAUUUUAAAGGCAGUGUUGAAGAAAUUGUUCAUGCAUUUUCAUGAACGCAUAAUUCCUUCUCUUAAAAACUGCAUGAUCAGGGUUUUUUGUUCACAUUAACAAAUGCUGCAGUGGCGCCCAUACAUCUGCCUGAUAAAUUGGAUGCGGUAUACUGCCAAAAGGGAGAAAAUGUGAAGAUGAUAAAGUGUCUGUAGUGUCUGAGUUUCGUGAAGUAACCAGGGUUUUAGCUUUUGCUGGCAGCUGUAAUUCAUAAGCUGUUUGGGUGAAUGGGUACAGUGGUGAUAUUCUCAAGCUCAGGUGGGGAUUACAAAGAAAGAGAAAAGUGCCAAUAGCAAAGGAAGCAGCCAAAAAGAGAAAUGGACAAUUUUCGUUAACUGAAAAUAACAGCAGACCUUUGCAGAGCUGCAGUAAGAUAGAUGUCAUUCCAUGACAAAAUCAGGACACGAAGCUCAAAACCUGGGGGAUACAGUGCUGAUUUAUUGCGCUCCCACCUUGUGCAAUUAGUAUAUGGAAAGAUACUAGUUGUGUGCGGACACAAUUUUAGAAGACAGAUUGUCCUUCCAGCUUUUGGGUUUGUGUUGUCCUUGGGACUCACUGCUGACAGCUCAAUAACUUACAUGCCAGGCUUCCAGAGCAUGCAGACCAACCAUUUUGAGGCAGUUGAAUAAGAGAAUAUUGUGAAAAAUUGCAUCUAGGCGCCUUAUUUGUUUUCAGAAAUGUGAAAAUGAGAAACUGCCAACAUCUUUGUUGGAAGCCAGUUGCAUGCCAAAAGAACUUAAACUAAGAUGCAUUUGCAUGAAUAACUAUAAAGUUCGGAUGAUAGCAUAUUUUCAUCACAACUGUGUGAAAUAGCUGUGUGUUUUUGUUUCUAUUUUUUCCUAGGUAUCUGUAAAUGGAAAGCACUUGUUGAUCUACAAGCAUAGGCUUAACCUUGAAAAAAUAGAUACAAUUGGAAUAUAUGGAAAUGUGCAAGUCAAUAUGAUAGGAUUUGUGUCAAACGCGGUAAGUUAUUAAAUAACGCAGCAACUUAUUUAGGGAUUGCAUAGAUAGAUAGAUAGAUAGAUAGAUAGAUAGAUAGAUAGAUAGUAUUAAGCUUAUCUUACCCUUCCUCCAAGGUGAUACAUAUUAUUUAUUUCCCACCCCCAUUUUUCCUCGUCACAACUCUGUUAAGUAGGUUGGGUUGAAAGCCUAGUGAUUGGCCUAAUGUCAUUUGGUGAGCUUCAUGGCCAAGUGUGCAUCUGAACAUGAGUCCCCCUAAAUUCACUCCAAUACUCUAACCACUGCAUCAAAGUGGCUCCACGUUGCCUGUCUAUAUUAUAGACAUUUUUCUGCUGCUUACAAUUUCAUGCUGCGGUGGAACACAUAAAGAGCAACUAUGGAUAGGUCAGAAUAGAUCUGACGGUGUGCUUCACUCCCAGCCAGAAACAUCUAGGAAGGGGAGAAAAUAUUGCCUGCAGCAGCAGUGUGUGAUUUUUGACAGAGGAAUUGCCCAGUGACUUGGGCAGUGAGAAAUAUUGUACCCUGAGCACAGUAUUUAUAUAACUACUAACACGAACAGUUUGGGGCCUAAUGUGUCUGCAUGAUGUCUUCAUGUUGCCUAUGGAGAGUCCAGAAAUAAUGAAGAGCCUGUUUUGCUUUUGAGGAAGUGAUUCCACGUUCUCUCCACACAAAUUGGUGUAUCACUGAAGUGGCAGAUAUCCUUGCAAUGUAGUCAGUCUACCUCAUUUGACUUUGUGUCUCUGUGGUGACACAAAGAAGUUGUGCGAUCUGCCCCUGCUGGAUCAUCACUGACUUGCUAAUGUGUUUGAGGACCAUCUUAAUAAAGCAGGGGUGGGAAAUCUGUGACCCUCUAGAUCAGGCAUAGGCAAACUCGGCCCUCCAGAUGUUUUGGGACUACAACUCCCAUCAUCCCUAGCUAACAGGACCAGUGGUCAAGGAUGAUGGGAGUUGUAGUCUCAAAACAUCUGGAGGGCCGAGUUUGCCUAUGCCUGAUAUAGAUGUUGCUGAACUCCAGCUCCCGUCAGCCCCAGCCAGCAUGGUCAGUGGUCAGGGAUGUAGGAGGUUUCAUCCGACAACUUCUAGAGGGUCGCAGUUUCCCACCCUGUUUUUAAAGCAAUGAAAAACCAUCUCUCCUUCAACAGCUUGCUGAUGAAACAUUCAUAGUUAGAAAGAUAUUCAGAGAUGACAGCUCAUUAUGUGAGUUUUCUGUGACCUAUGAGUGUUGAUCUCUCAACCUGUCUUUUCUCUGCAGUCUUUGCAAGGCUCUCAGCCAUCCUUGCUAGGGGCAACAAAGACAAACGCAGGAAAUGUAGGUAUUCUUCUUAUCUGGCUAGGUUCACAGCUUUGUUCUUCUUAGGUUAUAGCAAAGUCUCUCUUUCUCUUUCCAGCAGGAAGAAGUCCCUGAUGCGUCACAGUUUGUAAGUAUCAGUUGGCAUGUAAACCACAUUUGAAACACAAUGCAAGAGUUAUUAAGGAGUGGGCACAGAUGAGCUUUUUCACAUGACCCCUUGAUGCAGAAUUGUAUAGCCUCAUUCUUGCUUAAGUGGCCAUUCAUUUUGAAAUAAUUUUUGCAAGGUAAAGUCUUGUCUCUCCAUCCCUUCACUAUUUGCUAGGGUAUUAAUGAGAGAGUGUACACUUGAUAAAUUUAUCCUUAUUCUUCAAGCCAUGUUAUGCAACUGUAUUUUUCCAUGGCUACCCCAGUUGAUUUCCUGCAGUAAACAUGCAAUAUAUGUGUCUUUCUCACUAUCAUAGGACAUGUGAUGGGAAGCACUGUUUGGCUGCAGUUUCCCACUCUGCAUUCCUCUUCCCAUGUUUACUGUGGGAGCUACAGUUGCACCUGAUGCAAUUGUGAUUGCCACUUGAAGUUUGAAUAAAUCUUGUAGGAGAGUACCUCAUUAAAAACACCAGUGAAUGUAAGGUUUGAUGUAAACCACUUGGAGGGUUUUGUAGACUAAGCAGUAUAUAACACUCUUUAAAAAAAAUCAAUAAGGCAAUGAGAUGAAAAGCUGAGGAAUUAGUAAAAGGAUAAAUGUAUUGUCAAAAUAAAGAGGGGCAUUCCAAAUGAUAUCCGAACCUGUUUUAUGUUUGCUUGUCAUCCAAAAAUGGAAUGUACAAUGCGGCAGAUGUAAAAACUAACUGAUCACAGGAUUCAUGUUUCGAGAGAAACGUUUCAGUCCAUUAAUUUUGGAAUAAUAAUUCUAAGCAUGGUUACAUUUUCAGGUAGUUCCUUACAUUGCAAGACUUCAUUCUCCUCUUGAGCCUGGGCGAACAAUUGUUGUAAAAGGAGAAAUUAAUGAAAAAGCAAAUGGGUUAGUAAAAUCAGAGUGGCAUUUGUCAUUUUUCUUAGGCUCUUUUAACAUGCUGUUGUUUUUGGUCUCUUUCUCUGUGUGUAUUUAGAAUACACUAAUAGCAUAAUCCAAAGUAUCAUGACUAAGUUCUUCUCAGAAGUAUUAAGAAUCAGAAACCUACAUGCUCUGGAUAAAACAUAGCAACCGCCUUGGAACCCUUUCACUGUAUUUCUGAUUUAUUUUGCUUUUGAAAAUGUUUUUGUUGGUGUGUGUAAAUAAAAGAAGUCAUUAAAAAAAUUGCAAGUUCUAAUCAGAACCUUUGUUGUCACAUUGUUGUAAACCAUAAUAGCAGUACUUUCUGACUUCUUUCAGUAAUUCCCACCACUGUCCAGUAUGAUAGCGAUGCUGCAGUAGCUUAACAUUACUAUUUUGUUCACAGCUUUGCCAUUAACCUUAAAGCCAGUGACUCAGAUGACAUUGCUCUGCAUCUGAAUCCCCGAAUAAGAGAUAAAUCUUUUGUGAGAAAUUCCUACCUGGACAGCAGCUGGGGAGAAGAAGAAAAGCAGAUCCCUCACUUUCCUUUCGCUCCAGGAAUGUAUUUUGAGGUAACUAAUUAAACAAAUACAGACCAGCAGUGAUCUGCUGCAGUAUGUGCAAUGCAGACGUUUGCAGGGGAUGAAAAAAUAGUGUUGGACUGGGUAGAGGAGAAUAUGGUGUAACAUUAGUUCUCCCACAGACUAAACUCUGGCCCUCUGAAAUGUUUUUGGAUUUAAAGUCCCAUCAUCAGUGACCAUCCUGUUGGUGGCAGCUGAUGGGAGCUGGAAUCCCAACAGUUCUAGACAGUUAUGAGUACUUUCUACCAUAUUUCUUUCUCUGGAGCAUGUACCAUGGACAUGCAGAAUUUGGUAGCUGAUUAUCAUAGAUGGCAGGGACAUGUUUGAAGUCGCAGGACGAUUCAUGUAGAAAUACACUAUGCCCAGUGACUCAGGCAAGAAUGGUGAUGUUUUGGAAUCUAUACCUCCUUUGCCCAGAUCAUGGAAUAUUUUUGUAAGGACUGAACUGUGAUAGGAUGACUAGACUCUCACUACAGAUUUCUGCCAGCCUCGGUCUGUGCAUCAACUUAAUACAGCACAAACCUUUGUCGCAUAUUCCCUUCCCCUUGCCUGCAAGGCUGCCAGGUAGCUCACAGGUGCAGCACAGGGAGAGGUUGUAGUUUCAGCACACAGCAUCCUAUAGUCUUAAAAGUUUUUAUUUCUAAACAUGUUCUGAAACCAUUUGAAUAUUACGGUUGCGAACUAUCCUACCUUGUAAAUGAUUCCUCAACCAUGGCCAUCCUUAGUUGUUGGGUAGGUUGUAGCCUUCGCCUUGCAGAUGCUCCUAUCUUACGCACCCCAUAACUUUGAAUGUUUUUAAUUUAACUAAGGAUGUCAAAUGUCUUUAACUUUCAGUUGAUAAUACUCUGCAAGGCCCAUCAGUACAACAUUGCGAUCAACGGUGUGCAUGCCAUAGAGUACAAACACCGGUUCAAACAACUUGGAAAGAUCAGCAUCCUGGAAAUCCGUGGGGACCUUCGACUGCUGGAUGUGAGGAGCUGGUAA